AUGACCUCCAAUAUUCCCACAGGUCGUCCUGCUCGGAGUGUGGCCGAGAUUCUAGCUCAGGACCACACUUCUCCUUUUGCACUCACCCCAUCGCUUAUCAACCUCUAUUCCAUUCUCGCUCCCGCUUGUCUCGUCGUUUGCGCAACCAACGGCUAUGAUUCGAGUCUUCUUACUGGUCUUCAAGGUGUUAAAGCCUGGAAGGAACAAUUCGGCUCGCCAAAGGGUGCGCUCCUGGGCAUCACCAGCGCGUCUUAUCCCCUCGGCGCAAUUCUUUCUACACCGUUAUCCGCCUUUAUCUCGGAUCGUUUCGGUCGUCGUCAGUCUAUCAUAAUCGGAAGUCUCAUAAUGAUCCUCGGUGUUGUUAUGCAAACCGCCAGCUCCAGCAUUGGCCUCUUCCUCGGCGGAAGGAUAGUCGUCGGAUUCGGUAUCACACUCGCCCUCGCAGCCGGCCCGGUCCUCAUCUCGGAACUCGCUCAUCCACGACAUCGAGUCUUGUUCAGCUCCCUAUACAAUACGAGUUUCUACUUGGGCGCUCUCCUGGCAGGCUGGGUUGCCUUUGGAAGCUACCGCAUCCAGAGUGCCUGGGCAUGGCGUCUUCCCACCCUUCUCCAAGCGGGACCUGCCCUCAUUCAGAUUACCUUCAUCUGGUUCCUCGACGAAUCCCCUCGAUGGCUGAUAUACAAAGACCGUGGAGAAGAGGCAUAUGAGAUCCUGGUAAAGAACCACGGAAACGGGGAUUGGAAUGAUCCUCUCGUGCAGGCUCAGUUUUGGGAGAUGAACGAGACUCUCAAAGCUGAACGAGCUGUCAAGGAACAGGGCUUGAAGCUCUUCAUCGCUACACCAGGCAAUCGGAAGCGACUGUUCCUUCUUAUCACUCUGGCUGUUUUCGGACAAUGGAGCGGCAACGGCCUUGUGUCAUACUACCUCACCAAGAUUUUGACCAGCAUCGGCAUUGUAACCCAGCAUGACCAAACCAUGCUAACGGGUACAAUCAGCACUGUCAACUAUGCCACUGCACUAUUCGCCGCCGUUCUGUCUACCAAGGUUGGCCGUCGAACGAUGUUUGUUGGUGGCGGUAUAGCCAUGUUUGUGACCUUCUCUGCUCUCACGGCGAGCAUCGCUGUGUACAACGAGAAUGGUUCAAAGGCAGCGAGCAAGUCAGCGCUUGCUUUCAUCUUCAUCUACUACGCGUCCUUCAACAUGUGCCUGAACCCACUGCUGUUCGCAUAUCCCACCGAGAUCUUGCCCUUCAGGCUUCGAGCAAUGGGUCUGAGUAUCCUUCUGUUCGCGAACAAGGCUGCUUUGUUCUUCAACCAAUUUGUUAACCCCGUUGGGAUGGACGACUUGGGAUGGAAGUAUUACCUCGUUUAUGUGGUUUGGCUGUUGGUAGAAGUGCUCGUCUUCUGGUUCUUCUACCCCGAGACGAAGGGUUUUACUUUGGAAAAGGUUCAGGAGGUGUUUGGGGACGGCGUGGAUCUUGAUGGCCCAGAAGAGAAGGGAAAGCUAGGGGGAGCUUUUGGUGUCCAUGAGAUGAACGAUGAGGACAGCGCACAUGUUGAAAAGGUUACUGAGGUCAAGUCUCUGACGGCCCAGUGA